AUGGAGGCCAUCAAAGACACAGUAAACAACGCGCUUGAGAAGCUCAACAUUGGCGGGGGCACCCAGGGAGCAGCCCCAGCGAAGGAGCCAUCAGAGGAACAGCUCAACGAGCUCAAGUCAAAGUACCAGAAGGCUGGCCAGGAGCAAGUAUUUGCCUUCUACGACAAACUCUCUGCCUCGGAGAAGGCGACUCUCUACGAGCAAUUGAGCAACUUCAACCCCGACUACAUCAACGAAAUCACCGAGCGUGCACUCCACCCCGCCCAGUCCGAAGCCACUGAGACCAAGCUCGAACCUCUUCCAGAAAAUGCCACAUCCUCGGUCCUUGACUCUUCGCAGGGAGAUCUCGACCAAUGGUACAACAGCGGUCUGGAGCUGAUUGCUGAGAACAAGGUUGCCGUCGUGCUCAUGGCCGGUGGUCAGGGCACUCGUCUUGGUAGCUCCGCACCAAAGGGCUGCUUUGACAUUGGCCUGCCCAGCAAGAAGAGCCUGUUCCAGCUCCAGGGUGAGCGCAUCAGGAAGGCCGAGAUCGGACCUACUCGAGGGCCCACUGCAGACUUCUUUGCAAAGCACGACUACUUUGGUCUGAAGAAGGAGAAUGUCGUCAUCUUCGAGCAGGGUGUUCUACCGUGUAUUUCAAACGAGGGAAAGAUUCUACUAGAGAGCAAGUCAAAGGUUGCGGUUGCACCUGAUGGCAACGGUGGUCUCUACCAAGCCCUCAUCCAAUCUGGCGUCGUAGCAGACAUGGGAAAGCGUGGUAUCCAACACAUUCACGCAUACUGUGUCGACAACUGUCUCGUCAAGGUUGCAGACCCCGUCUUUAUCGGCUUCUCUGCAUCCAAGAACGUCGACAUCGCUACCAAGGUCGUCCGUAAGCGUAACGCUAAGGAGUCAGUCGGUCUCAUUCUCCAGAAGAACGGCAAGCCAGAUGUUGUUGAAUACUCUGAGAUCUCAACCGAAGACGCAGAGGCCAAGGACUCCAAGGACUCUGAACUGCUCAAGUUCCGCGCUGCCAACAUUGUCAACCACUACUACUCAUACAAGUUCCUCGAAAGCAUCCCGGAGUGGGCAAAGAAGCUUCCGCACCACGUUGCGCGAAAGAAGAUUCCUUUCGUCAACACCGAGACUGGCGAGACGGUCAAGCCAGAGAAGCCAAACGGCAUCAAGUUGGAGCAGUUUGUCUUUGAUUGCUUCCCCUUCCUUACUCUGGAGAAGUUUGCUUGCAUGGAAGUAAAGCGUGAAGACGAAUUCUCUCCACUGAAGAACGCCCGAGGAACCGGCGAGGACGACCCCGAUACUAGCAAGCAAGACAUCAUGACCCAGGGCAAGAAGUGGGUUCAAGCUGCUGGUGCCACUGUUGUGAGCGAGGAUCCCAAGGAUGGUAUCGAGGUUUCACCGUUGAUCUCCUACGGCGGCGAAGGCCUCGAUUUCCUCAAGACCAGGUCCCUCAAGGCCCCGGCAGUUAUUGAGUCUGAAGAUUAGAAGCGCUCCGGACCGAGAAACACGUUCCUUUUUGCAUGAUAGCACGUCUCACAUGCAACAAGAACGGUCGAUGGCACUGGACUGGGAAAAUAGAUAGACACGAAUGAUAUGAACCUCACGAACGACGUCUUCGAACU